UGUAUCUGUGUGUUCCGUAUGGCUCUCACAGUAAACAGCGACUGUUUCCCAACUCUGAAUUAAUCGACUGGCAUUCCUAUUGGUCACACAGCAUGCUUACUGUGAGGCUAGUGAGUACUGCUAAGGCUCCAUGUACCAGGCCGUCGGUUUGGAGUGGCCCCCCCGAUCUCCUCACUCUGGCUUCGUACUUUAGAGAGUUAACAAUUGCACAUUCACUAGAAGAGCUGAGCGUCUCAAGAGCAACACAGUGAAGAAGCGUGUUUCUCCACGGGCAGUGCUACAUGUUGAACUGAACAUUGACUCCGUACGGACGGACGCCAACCGAAAGUGCAAGGGAACACAGGAUCACUUACGGCACCAUAAGUUAACCUCACUGUGGUAAUCGCAUACAUGGUUGGCCAGAGGGCAUGGACGCUGUCUACUGUGCGUGAAUUCGCCAUGUUUCUACACGUGCUCACUAUUGCCAUCUUCACCGGGGGUUCCUGGGCCGGAAGUCAUGUUUGUGGCGAUGGAGAGUUUCGGUGCAACAGUUCGCGCUUGUGUGUCCCCCAGCACCGGAACUGCGACAAGCGAGCGGACUGUCCCGACGGAAGUGACGAAUGGAACUGCUCUGAUGUGCUAGGCUCGCGCUUCUGGGACCACCUGUACCGGAAGCAACCAGCAGCCGAACUGGACGAGAAGGACGCAGACUGCGAGCUGAGGGACUGGAAUUCGUCUCAGUGCGCAUGCGUGGGCCGAUCUGUGCUCUGCAACAACGCGGGCCUCUCCCGACCACCGGUAGGACUACCUACAAGCGGGAUAGAUAUUCUGGACCUAACUGGAUGUUCGUUUCCGGUUUUGAACUCAGACGUAAUGGCUACACUUCCGGAUCUCGACACUUUGGUGCUGUCCCAUUCAGGGGUAGAGGUGCUGCAAGACGCUACUUUCUCGAGGGCUCCAAGCCUGCACACUCUACAUUUGGACAACAACCGCCUGGCCACUCUGCCCGAACCCAUUCUGCGCCCUGAGAACCAGCUGGACACACUAAUCCUCAGACACAAUCGGCUAUCCGCUUUGCCAAGGGGAGCGUUCCGCAACCUGCACAACCUCCGUGAACUAGACUUGAGGCAUAAUCUACUUGCUGAGGUGGAUGGCGACGUCUUCAAGCCGCUUUCGCGUCUCGAGAUACUGUACCUGAGUGAGAACAGGCUGAAAUCGGUACCCCGGUUCGUGCUGCUACCCGCACUGCAGGUUCUGUCACUGACCCACAAUCACAUCGCAUGUAUCGAACCCAGGGCCUUCCCGAACCUGCCGAACCUCCAGAACUUGUACCUGUCAUGGAACGAGUUGCGACGCCUGCAAAAUGACACAUUCGCCCAACUCACGCACCUGCUCAGCCUGAGUCUGAAUGACAACAAAAUCCAUCACGUGGAAACGGACGCCUUCAGGGAGCUCCCCCUGCUCACAUCUCUGUACCUGCAGCGGAACCAGCUGAAGAGAGUGGACAGUCAGGUGUUCCGCCACUUGCACAGCCUGGAACACAUAUACUUCGACGAGUUCAAGCUCUGCUCGGCUGCUCUGCGGGUCCGCGUUUGCGAGCCGCAAGGGGACGGCAUUUCGAGCCUGCAGCACCUGCUGGACAGCGCCGUGCUCCGAGCAAGUGUGUGGGUUAUGGCGGUCCUGGCCUGCGCUGGCAACACGCUGGUUCUGCUUGGCAGACUGGUGACUCGCGAACCGAACCCCGUCCACUCGCUCUACAUUAAGACGCUUGCCUUGGCAGACUUACUGAUGGGAGUGUACCUCCUGAUCAUAGCAGCGGCGGACUGGCAUUACCGCGACAUUUACGUCAAGCACGACUUUCAGUGGCGGCACAGCCCCAUCUGCAACAUCUGUGGUUUCCUGAGUACCAUGAGCUGCGAGUUCUCCGUUCUCAUCCUCACGCUCAUCACGAGUGACCGUCUCGCCUCUGUCACGCGCCCCUUCGACAGGCGGCAACCCUCACUGCGCCGCGCCACGCUGCUCGUCGCGGUACUGUGGCUCCUGGCGGCGAUCGUCGCGGCGCUGCCACUGUGCGUCGAGACGGUGGAUUACUUCGGCGAGGAGUUCUACGGCGGAAAUGGGGUCUGCCUUCCGCUGCACGUCCAGGAUCCGUUUGCUGAUGGUUGGGAGUACUCGGCUGCCAUGUUUAUCGUUCUGAACACGGUGGCGCUGGUGUUCAUCAGUUGCUCCUACUGGCGCAUGCUCCGUGCGGUGCGCUCCUCAGGGCUGUCCCUGCGCUCCACACAGGAGAGGCAAGAUCACGCCCUGGCACAGAGGUUCCUGUUCAUCGUGGCCACUGACUGCCUGUGCUGGAUCCCCGUCAUUGGCGUCAAGUUGGCAGCACUGGCAGGGGCCAAGGUGGACCAGCGGCUGUGCGCGUGGCUUGCAGUUCUGGUCCUGCCAGUGAACUCAGCUCUGAACCCGGUCAUCUACACACUGACCACAUCGUUCUUCAAGAAUCAGAUGUCUCGCCUGUUGCACGCAUGGAAGUCACGUGACAGCGGUCGUUCCCCGGACUCCGCUGCGUCUCUUAGCAACAUGCAAGUGAGCGUUCGUAAGCGGAACGUCGGAAGUCAGCCACCAACACGCUCCAGCACUCUACGUAGUCAUGGAAGCUACAAGUCUAUACAAGGAACAGCUGUAUAGAGAAACAAAGAAACAACUGCAUAGCUACACUGUAGCUACAAGUCUAUACAGGGAAGAGCUGCGUACAGAAACAGAAGGAAACAAACUGCACAGCUACACUGCAGCUACAAGUCUAUAAAGGGAACAGCUCUGCAGAGGAACAGAGGAAACAGCCAUGUAGAUAGUGUGACGUGGAUGGCGCAACAGGAAGCAGGGGUCACUUGAACUCUGCGGUCUCGCGAGUGACAUCACAAUAUGUUGUACCUACUAGUCUACACACUGAACCACUAUGCAGACAUGGCCAUCACCAGGAACUUCUUCUUAGGGGGAUGUGCAGCCACAGAAUGUGUUUACAAUCUUAUGGUUAAGUGAUUAAGAACACUUUUAAUGACCACUGCAUAGCUUUCAGGAUACAAGAAUAUUUUUUUAAAUACUUGUAAUUGUUAUAACUAAUAUUUGGUAAUUUCCUUUUUUUUUUUCUUCAAUUUGAAUUUAAGGAAAAAACAGGAGGGGGUGGGCCGAUUCCUGCUUGCCCCUUGCAACCCACUCAUGACCAAGACCAUCAAGACUUUUAAAGGACAGUGUAGGAAAGGUUACACGUCUAUGAAAAUUGAACUUCACUCAGCAUGAAAUGUUUAGAUAUUGUCACGUUUAACAUACGUGGAAAGAUGGACAAUUAUCAUCAGACAUUGUAAAUAAUUUUGAGGCAGGUACAAGGAUUAAAAAUGCUAAUCUGUAAAGGAAGGCAGAAGAAUUGCUUUCAGUAAGUGAUUUUGGCAUGGCACAUGGCAUGCAAGAAAUUACGUACAUGAAUUACAUGAUUUCAUGCAAUAUUUAACAAGAGACUGCACUGUUAAGGACUGUAUAGAAGACAGUGUUAUUAUGAAGAGGGGGAAAUGGACGUGACGCAUACCUGAACAUUUCCUGAUUAUACAGCAUACACAAAUGGAAUACAAUAAUCAACUAGGCAAUAUGGACAAUUUCAAGAGAAAUAUUUUGUAGUGUUAAGGACUUAAAAAUGUUUUUGAUUAAGACUAUCAGUUAAUUUAGAAAUCCUCCAUUACAUCUGUACGUGGCAACUCCCUGUUCAGUGGAUGUUUUAAUGUUAUGUGUCUGUCAUCCCUCUUGUUACAUUUAUGGUUUACUUAACGGCACUGUCACUAUCUCAGAAUACACAGCACUGAAUGGUAGGAUGAGCAGAGAAUAACGAACUGGAAAGGGAGCGAAGGGAAGUGAUUAUAGCCUAAUUUCAGGUACUAUCCAGUAUCUGGGUCUUGCAGACUGCAGAAAACCAUGAGAAGCUUCAUUCAGGACAGCCAGUCUUCAGGUCAGGACUUGAACACAGAGUCUCGAGAAUAUGGAUGAGUGUUACUCACUCCACUUCAACAUCAGGUAUUUUGUAUAUGUUGCGUUCGUUAUAACAACAUGUCAACUUUACAAGGUGAAACAUAAGGAGCUGGACCUCCACACUGAACUGCCAAAUACAAAGUUGAGAUGAUGCCAAAGACAGGGUAAUGAUCCUACAUCUGGAAUCAACAUAUUAAUUUCCAUAUCUCUGGUGGCAACUCUUGUGCCAAAAUAAGGAAAGGAAUUCCUUCCCUUUUAAAACUGACAAAUUUGUAACCAAACUCUAAAAUUAAGGUGCACUGAAACUACCACUAAGUUCUGUGAACAGCGAAGGUUUGCUUACUUCAAUCAUCUCGAGGCAGUCUCAUAUGGUGGUCUUCUGUCUUAGGUAGGAGUCUCAUGAAAAGUCACUGGGCCCAUCUUCAGGGGUUUACUCUCAAAUACUGCAAGACUUACUCAUGGAGCUGAGCACUUCUUGAGAAGCCCCCAAUUGUGCAGCCACUUAAGAACUUCCCAGGA